AUGACUUGUCCGAUUGCGUGGUUCAAGCAAGGUUACGACGUCAAUCCCCUGGCCCUGGACACCCUGAAGAAGCGGAUCAAAUCUGCUGUUGUUUUUGAUAUGUCGGUCCCGGACGCGGAUUCCCGGAUCGGACGUAUGCUGGAUGGUUUGGCUGCGGCUAUCCGUCGGGGCCGCCAGGAGUGGGUGAUCCGGGAAGAGAGCCAGGCGAUCGUGAAUAUCAUCACGGACGCCGUCAAGCCUGCGUCACUACACCUUGCUGUUACCGAGCAGAUGGCGUUGACGCGAAACAAGCCUUUGAAGAAGGAUGUGUACCGUUUCGUGCACUGGUUGCGGGAAUAUGCGAUCGGUCACGAGCGUUUUGUGGGUUACGAAGAAGAGUUGAAGUCACCUGCAAGACCAGACCUACCGAAGCCGCCCGGGUCGAAGGUCCUGGGAGGAUCCACCGGCCCGAGGGGAGACACGAAGCCCCUGACACCUAUUCCUAACGCACCGGCUACGGUCAAGCAACUGCUAAGAGCACAUGUAAGUACGUUCGGACGUGGUCGGGGCGAGAAAGGAGCCCCGGGAGUACCUGGUGGCCGCGUGGCGACGGUGAAGACGACUGUCCCGGACGCGAAACGGCCUGAGCUCCCGGCUAUUGUGGACGGUGUUCUCCCCGUGCAGGCAUCACUCUUGGACUCAGGAGCUGAUUUGUCGGUGGCCUCUGGAGGCCUGGUUUCUGCGUUGUUGGCUGCGGGAGCAUCCCCGGAGAUUACGGUCAUGGGUCCGAUGGAACUCCGACCGUACGGGGCGGAUAGCCAGGUGAUUACUGUGACGAAACAAGUUCGUCUGGGCAGCCUGGAAUUCAAGGCCGCGUGCGGGCCGCUGAUGUUGCGAGGGCUCCGGGUCUGGGUCGACGAGGCCGUAGCACCCGUUGAGCUUACGCUGGGCCUGCCCGUGAUGCAGAAAUUGGGCUACAAUGAGCAGACGUUGCUGGAAAAUGCACGUCGGCAGCAAGCCGUAUGGGAUUUUGGGGAUCAGCUGAUCACGACUCCAGGAGUCGCGAUGUACCGUACCCUGCGGAUGGGAGAGUUGUCAGACGGUAUCGACGACGACGAAGGGAUGGCGUGUGCAACGCCAGAACUGGGAAAUGCACCUGACGACGACGGUCCGGUGCGUAUUGUCCUGGAAGCCAAGGUGGUCAAGGCGGCUACAGCGGGCAUGACAACAGCAGCUGUCGAGCAGCUCCGGGGCCUGUUGAUGGAGUUUCGGGACGUGUUCCGGCUGAAGUUCGGGAGAGACCCGCCGGUAAAAGUGGAACCGUUGAAGGUGCGCCUCAAGGAAGGGGCUGUGCCGGUGAAGUCGGGACUUCGGCGCUACCCUCCCACCCAUAUGGCGUUCCUGGAAAAGCAUAUCCGGGAGCUGGAAGAAGCGGGUCUGGUGUACCGCAAAACUAGAUCGCGCUGGGCCUCGGCCCCGAGGAUUGUCCCGAAGAAAGAUCCGGGAGACCUCAGAAUGACGAUUGACUCGAGACCGAUCAAUGCGUGUACCGAGCCAAUGCCCUGGCCCAUACCGAAUCUGGAGGUGGCAAUGGUUGUACUGAAGGGCUCGAAAGUCUACUUCAAACUGGACUGGAUGAAGGGGUAUUGGCAGCUGUCUUUACACCCGGACUCCCAGGAGUACUACUCCUUCAUGACUCCCGUAGGGGUUGUGACCCCGACCCGAGUCCUGAUGGGCCAGACCGAUGCGGUGGCCUAUUGCCAAGGGGUGGUCGAUGAGAUGUUCGGGGACCUCCUGAUGCACGGACUGCUCAGAUGGUCGGAUGAUUUGUUGGGGUAUGCCCAGACUACGGACGAGUUGAUGCACCUGUUGCGUAAAGUGCUUGAGAUCUGCCACGCGUACGGACUGAAGUUGCACCCUGGGAAGUGUGUAUUACACCACCCGGACCGUAUGGUGUGGGAAAGAGAUUUCGGCGGACGGCGUGGCGCAUGCCCCGGAACGGAUCCAGGGCUUGUCAUUGGCGUUCCUGAGCGGAUCGUUCGGGGAGCGAGCGGGCGAUGGCCGAUUGUGGAGAAGGAGGCGUUUGCGGUUGUCGAAUCGUGCAAGCGCCUGGAGUAUCUGAUCCGUCCGGGAGGGUUCCGAUUGUUUACGGACCACCGGAAUCUGGUGUACAUGUUUAAUCCCCUGGGGACGACCUCGAACAUGGCCAAGUAUCAGGCUCACAAGCUCCAGCGCUGGGCGUUGACGAUGACGACGUUCCCGUACGUCGUGGAGUGUGUGGCGGGAGAGGAGAACCUACUGGCCCUGGUGUCCCCCUUACGGCACGAAGAAUUUGUGUGGCUGAUGGCGAAUGCGAUCACGGAAUUGCAGCGCGGCCAUCAGACAUGUGAAAAAUACGCCUCCUGGAGCGCCGAGAAGAAAUGUUUUCUGACGGCAGCUGGAAAGAUCUGGAUCCCGGGAGAUGCAUUGGAUAUGCAAGUGCGUAUAUGUGUGGUGGCCCAUGCCGGCGUGGCGGGACACCGGAAAGUGGAAGCGACAAUGUCAUCUGCUGCGGAGAUGUUUGAUUGGCCUACCCUGAAGACCGACGUGAAGAACUUCGUCACUGCCUGCCUGCAUUCGCCAACGACGGCGUUUAUGGGCCUGCUUGCUACACCUCCCCUCACUGGACUAGUCCACCCAGACGAGUCCCGGGAGGUAACGAUCGACUGGAUUAAGUCCCGGGCCAUACGCCACGUGACAGAGCUCGCAGAUGCUCUGGGAAUUAUGCACAAGCACGUGGCAGAAACGGCGGCAGCAAAGCGCGCUAAGGCCCAGUAUCGUCGUGAUGGUCAACGAUUCGUAAAGCUGGCGAAAUUUAAGCUCGGCGAUUUUGUCUUGGUGGCCCGGGCUCUCCAGCAUCCGGGAAAGCUAACGUUGCAUUGGAAGGGACCCUUCCGAGUCGUGAAGGUGGCCUCCGACUACCUGAUGGAAGUCCAGCAGCUGGUGCCUCCGGGAGCGACGUCCCUGCACCAUGCGUGCCGGCUCGGCCUGUACUGUUUUUACGUGGAAGACCUCCGGGACCUGCGUCUGCGAGAUGGGGUCUGGGAAAUCCUGAUCAAGUGGCUUGGCCUAGACGAUCUGGAGUCGUCCUGGGAACCGGCCCUAUCGAUCUACGAAGACGUUUCCGUGCUAUUCCUACGCUGGGCCAAGGCCCGGAGAAACGAAGACGGCGUGAGCGAAAUGAUUGACGAUCUCACGAGGGCAUGUGGCCACCCAAUAUAG